AUGGGCAAGAAUCGCCGUCAAUCGGCUCUGACCAAAUCCAUUCAGUCUGGUCUACUUCGUGACCCGAGCGGGUUCAAGAAGACUGCAUUUGGAAAGUUUAUCGCAUUUUUCACCUUUCGAAGAAUAAAGUUGAUUCGCCAUGAACGAAAUCUCUUCGCGAAAUUGCGCCAGGAGGUAUGGGAGCUAGACGAGGACAGUUAUCAGGCCUCAUUCCACACGACAGACGGUCAGCCGCCGCUGAAAAUGAUUGGCGACUUGGGGUACUCUGGAUCGACUUUCUUUGGCACAUUUGAUGGUCAUCUAGUGAUCAAAAGCCUCCCGCGUUACUUUGAAUAUACGUUCUUCGAGUCUGAUCUUUUAGAACCAUAUUAUGAACACAUGCGAGAGCAUCCAGAUUCUAUCUUGGUCUGGAUUACCGAUUAUCUCUUAUCUCCGUACGUGACCCUUGGCACCAUUUGUGGCUGCACUCCAGCACACCAUAUAAUCAUGGAGAACAUUCUUUGCGGUCAAGCCGAUGAUCCAGCCGGUAAUCGCUGGGAGUCUUAUGAUCUGAAACCAAUCAACUACUUCUAUCCAGAGCGCGAUAUCAUCCCUGAACCUCUGGUCAGUGAGGAUACAUUAAGCAAGCUUGCGGACACCUUCAACGACAAGCUUCAUCUUUGGCAAAAAGACUACAAUACAUUCUGGGAAGCCAUACAAGCAGAUACUAAGCUCCUGGAGGAGGCCAAUGCCAUCGACUACUCACUUUUCUUGAUCCGAAUCCCAUCAUCUUCAAGCCCAGAAUUUGUCGGAAGGAAAAGUCCAUGGAGGGUGGGAGUUCCAUCCGCUGAUGGAAAAUGGAAAUAUCGAGCUGUGAUAAUCGACUUUUUCUGGGCAAGGCAUAAGCUACAUGCGCAAGCAAUGUCAGGCGUGGUGCAGACUUUCAAUGUUGUGGGACGUCAAGGACCGAUGUCAAUUACAACAACGGCGGAUGAGUAUCGGCAAAAUUUCUUGUCUAUGGUCAAAGAGAUGAUUCAGGUUCAUCACUAA